CAGGAUAUUAGCCAGAAAAUAAUGUCGUUUAUGCAACAAAGCAAGCAAGAGAUGUGUGUCCUCUCAGCAUCUGGUUCAAUCACGAAUGCAACGUUACGCCAGCCAGCCACAUCCGCAGGCAACAUUACUUAUGAGGGUCGUUUUGACAUCCUAUCAUUCUGCGGAUCUUACAUACGUACUGAUCUGGGUGGCACGGGUGGAUUAAGCGUCUGUUUGUCUAGUAACGACGGACAAAUCAUAGGUGGCGGUGUUGAUGGGCCGUUGAUAGCCGCAGGUCCUGUCCAGGUAAUCGUUGGCUCAUUUUCUAUCGAGGGUAAGAAAGAAAGUACUGCUAUCUUAAAAGGCGAUACAUCUACAAACAAGUUGCCAUCACCAAAUGUGGGGCCGUCGGUUCCAAACUUGAGCUUCCUAUCGGGACCAGACACUUCUGGAAGAAAUGUAGUCGGUGGCAGUGAUGAGCAACAAAAUAUCGACGGGUACCAGUUCAUGAUCCAGAAUCGAAAUGUGCCUGUAAGCGAUUGGAGGCCUAACAAUGAUUCUAGGAACACUGCUGGUUAUGAUUUCUCAGGAAGAUUGAAUCAUGGGGCACAACAGUCACCAAAGAGUGGGGAUUAUGAUCGUUUUCAAGACUGAAGCAGUUGUGGUGGGAAGUGGUAACUCAAUGCUUCAUGAUUAUUAUUGUACAGUUAACCCAAAAACAUAUUUCUAUUCAAAUCUGCUGAUGUGUACUUUUAGCAGUUAGCAAAUGUUUCUUCAACUUGCUUUUGGAUUAACACUAAUGUAUCUAAAUUCAUGUAUAAGUAUGCAAAUUUCACUUUUUUUUUUCA